CUGAUUGAUCACGACUUAUAAUAAAUGUAUUAAUAUCAAAAUAAGUUAUCUAAAAUAAUUUAUUUCCUCUGCCUGUAUGAAUCAAUGAGGCUCAUGCACGUUCUCUCUUAAUGCCUUAUUCAACCCCCCCGACCUCAUCCCCCACCCUUCUGCCUUGUCAAUCAGUAGAAGGAGGAAAAAGUCAUUAAAUCUCUCUGUUGGCCAUACAUGUAAUUACAGUCUGCCUGUAUGUUGCUAAAUACGCCCCGGCGCUAGUCUGGUCUCCCUGGUCAUGUUUUUUCCUCCCACCGGUCGUGUUUAAAGCUCUUAUAAUUGGCAGAGGCAGCGUGUCAGGAUUAGAAGCUGCUGGUCUGAAACCUCGACCCCCCCGCCCCCCUUUAGACAACCACAACUUUAAACCUUGGCCUCCCUCUUACCCAACAUGUCUUUUGAUUAAAAACAGAAUAUCAGUAAUUCUAAUACAGUGAAGCUGUAGAGACAUGUAGCUCUGAAUGUACUCUCUUAUGGCAGUCUAUUUCAUAUGGAGAUGUGGUGGCUAACCCAACCAAACACUCAACAUUUACCAAUCAAUUUCUCUAUUGAAAUAUCUCUCCCCACACUGUCAUACCUGUGCUCUCAUUUAUCAUAUAUCCCUCUGUAAAACCUUCUCAAUUACCUAUCUCUACAUACUUAUAUGAAGCCUAUCAUGGAUCAGAUUGUUAGCCUUGUAAAGGUUUUUACAAGUGUUAAAUAAGUUGGUGUAUAUUUGACUGGUGCCUGCAGGACGCUUGUGGUUAGUUGUCUACCUCUCUCAUCUCACAGCAGUCCUCUCUUCAGCACAAGACUCUCCAAAGUGGCAGUCACUGCAAAAACAGCCCACUGUUGGAGAAAGUCCUCUCAGUAUUUAUACAUAUUUAACCCAUCAUUGGUGGUGUAAAAUAUUAUCAUCUUGAUUAAAAAUCCUGAUGUACUAGGAUGUAGCAUGACCCUUUUUUUAUUUUUUUUUAAUUAAUUCACUUUUCGCAGUACCACAGGGCUCCCCCUGUCUCACUGGUUGUAGUAAAAAAACCUUGUGGGUUGAGACAAAUGAAGGUUUUUUGGGCCAUCAAAGCAUUUGAAGUCGAAAUGAUGGAGCUGAUGGUCAGUGAUGUCAGAAGAGAUGUUGACUUUGUCUGAGUCACAGCUCUUUCUGGUCAGUAGAGCCCCUAAUUUCUCGGUCUGUCCGCUGCAGUCUCCCUGUUUUGGUCUGUCUUUUAACUCGUCUUACUCUCACAUCAUUUCACUGACUCCUCUCUCAUACAUCUAAAAACUGUUGCCCUUUCAUCCAGGUCAGUGUGCUGACUUGUGCCAAGAGUCAAUUCAUCGAUCAAAAAUGUGCAUGACAUGAAUCUCUGUCCUCGAGUGGAUAUUUAGAUGUUUGUGUGGAUCGCAGGGUUAAUUGGAAACACUUUAAGAUCUUCUUUUCAUCAUCUUGUUGGUUGUGACUAAUUAGAGAAAAGGUAUCUAAUUAAACCUUUUUCCAUCAGAAGCUCCUUUCCUUUUUAAUACAUUUAAGUAAUUGUGAAAGUGUAUAUACCCAUCAGUAUUGUAUGAGGCUUUCUGUAAAUUUCACUUGCUCUUUUGUCUGAUCAGACAAAAUCCGACAAAAGUAGAAAACUAUUUUUUUCUGAACUAUGUUUGAAUUGCACUAUAAUGUGUUUGUUAUUUAAAGUACAUUUUAAACACCAGAAAACUGUGUUUUUCCAGGUGUCAGCAGAAUGAAGAGCAAAAUAAAACAGAAACUUAUUUCGAGAAGGAGUUUUCAGUCAUUCAAUAAUGUUAUAAUUUUAUUGCCUGAUGAAAAUGGAGUGCAGAUGUUGCUUCUGGGAAAUGAAGGCUGCUCGAGGUAUAAUUAUGGGUUGAAAAGAGGUAAAAUGAGGCUUUUGAUGGUGAAUUUGAUGUUGUUGACAUGGCUGUUACUUUCAUAAAGGAUUCUGUAUGUGUGGGAUAGAAACAUGUUUUUGAUUCAGAUGCAAGACUGAGACCGAAGCUGAUGAGUGUCCUGGUAUUUUUACAUUUCAUGAGGUGUCCUUUUCUCAGCAAUACUCAUGUGCUGUCUUUUUCUCCUUAAAUGUCAGGCUCAGGGUGUGAGGUGAACAAGCUGUUAUUAUGUCAUCCUCUCAUAUUCCUGCAGAUCCUUCAGGAAUCUUACAAAUCCUUAACAUUUCUCUCCUCUUUGAUUAUCAGACAAAAGAAACAUCACUUUCUCUCCAAUGAAUGCUGUCUCAGCAGUUGUUUGGCCUUGUUUGUAUAAAGUAGCAUUGUCCAGUUUGUCCAAACAUAGUAAAUUCAUCAAACCCUAGUGGUGGAAGCUGUCCUAUUGGUAAUAUACAAGUACAGUGAAGUGACGCUCCUGUGUCACUAACUUGAAUAAAGGAUUGUGAUUGGGUCUGUACACCAUCUAUUGGUGGGGAAAUGUCAAAGACUGUAUAUACUAUGGACAACUUGGUUCCGCCUUCCACCAAUAUACGGAUUUGAAGCCAAAAAGCUCUCAGUAUUUCCGGCAUUUUCUCUACUCCCUGAGAAAAUCAUUGUCCAGUAGUGUUGUACUCAUUCAGCGAGAGAGUCACCAAGAGUCGCUGUGGUGACGCUCGACUCAAACAGUGUAUCCCCCGGGUGAUCUACACAAUCUUCGUACAUCCAUAGGCUGUAUCAAGUGUCAAUCAUAGAAAACGUGAACCCCCUAAUAACUUUUAAAACAGGAACUGCAGAAAAAAGAAAAAAAGAGGACUUGAGCACAAACCAGCCUUACAGUAACUACAUGUCAACAUCGCAAGCAGGAGGAGAAAAAUUGAUAUUCUGUAUAAUAAAAAAUUUAAAUUUUUUAAAAUAAGUCCAGCGCUCCAUAGGGAUUGCUGGAGGAGGCAGGAUUUAUGACCUUUACUGCAACCCGUCACCAGAGGGUGCUGUUCUCGCAGUGGCUUUACUCAGUGAGGAGGCAAACAGUGAUCUUACAUAGUUUAUGAGAAAUGUUAAGAACAGCAGCAUUGCCAGAUCCACAUGCCAAAUCAACACAUCACAUCCAUCUGAACCCAACUCUCACUUUAAUUUCAUUCAGAAAACAGCAACAGCUUCCAGAGCUUCUAGAUGGGGAGUUUUGUUGAGCUCUUCACAGAAAGGUAGAAGGUGUCGGAGGUCAGUAAGCAAUGUAAUGAUUUCUGAUUGGUUAGAAAGUUUUCCAAAGAGUUUUCAAACAUGGCAGACCUUACAAGCAUACAAGUUUAACUUAUACUAAAUUUUGUCACUCUAUGGCUGGCCUUGUUUGUUCUGCAUUCCAAGUAUCGAGUUUUGAUAACAAGUCUUUUCAUGUAGUAAGUAAUCACUUUGGAAAACACAAACGUACUGAUGAAUUGGAAGAUAGGUAAAGCUCUUAGAAUAUUUCUUUGCAAUCUUGAGCAAAUAUUAGGCAAAUAUGUUUGUUUUUUUCUAGAGUCCCAGACAGAUAAAAAUCUGGGUUUGCAACUACAGUUAGGAGAAUCAGUGUCUAAAUAACUAAUAUUGGCAAAGAUUUGUUGACCUUGUCACUGCUGAGAAGGGGCCGAAAUUGAGAUUUUACUGGCUUUAAACCCUAAUUAGACUCAGAGGAGCAAGCGAGUUCAGCUUUUAGGGGGAAUCAUGCAAAUCUGCAGGUGUAGCACUUAAAUCCAAGACAAGUUUCCCUUGAGAGGAAACAAAGUCUAAUAUCCUUUCAAACUGUAGUGUACUGUUCAUACUGUGUCUUAUAAACAGGGAUGAAAUAGAAUAUUGUAUCAUACCCCUUUGUAUCAUAUCAGAUCAUAUCCUUUACUUCUGUGUCAUAUAGCUUCCUAUCGUAUCGUACUGCAAUAUGCUGUUGUUUCGUAUUCUUUAACUUUUUAUGAAUAUAUGAGGGACACAUGAUUCUCUGGCCUCUUUUAAAGCUCUCUGUUUAACACCGACUCAGUGUGUCAUAAGAUUAGAUUAGAAAACUUUAUUGUUCCCCAGUGGGUAAACUCAUUUGCCACCUCAUCCACCCAUGUAAGCAACAUGGACAGUCCAUUUAUAAUAUGCAACAAGAAAAUAAAUGGAACCAGAAAAUGAAUACAUUUGAUGCAUAAUUGACACAGUUUUGGUGAGAGCUUUCAUGUGUUCAUUAUCAAAUCUGACGGCUGCAGGAACAUGCAACUUUCUGAGCCGCUCAGUGGGACACUAAGCAUCACCAGUCGAUCACUGAAAAAGUACAUUAAAAACACCGUGCAGACGAUGACCUUCAAAUAUGAGGACCAUCUUUAGUUUGGUACUACUUCUCUUCCCAAAGGUAACCUCAAGAGAGUCCAGAGUAAUGAGUCAAUGAUUGACCCAGCCUUUUUGAUCAGCUCAUUGAUUCUGCCCCCCCCAAUAAAUGUACUUUGCAGCCCUAUAUUAACAGACCAUACCCAUUUCUCUGUGGCCUUUUCACCCUCUCUGCCUUGUUCUAUAUGGCACGUAGCCUCUGGUCACUGCUUUGAAUGGACUUCAUAAAAACCAUUGUAACCAUCCGAACAAUAGUGAAGUAUCUAAAAGCGUCUCUGAAUGGGAAUGUCUUUUUCAAUAAACAUCUGAACAAUAAAACACUAAGGAAUUUCCCUAAAUUCUGUUUCCAAAAAAUAAAUAUUUCACAGUUGUUGCUGUUGGAGGAGUGAAUGGGUGUACCCAAUAAAAGACGAUUUGAUUUCUGAGUUUAUUUACCCUUUUGUGUUAUUAUUGUGCAUUAUUUUGAGCUUUUCUUGCACUUUUCCUUGAAUCAGUAAUAUGGAUUGUACAGAUUGUAUUGGUUUCAUUUUCAUACUCACAGUGCCUCAUAUCUUUGUUGGAUUGAAUGGAUUUCCUUUUCUUCUCCAACUGUGAGUCUGUAUUAGAUUCUUGUCUCUCAGUCAUUCCACUUGUUCUCUGUUAAUCUGCACAGACACCCCCUCUACUCUUCCCAAAGGCCUACGCCCCCACCCCCACCCCAGACAGCUGUCUCACCGCAGCACAGAGCUACAAUGUGACACCAUGCUAUAAAUAUGAGUUCACAUAGACACACAAACACACACACACACACACACACACACACACACACACACACAGACUAUAAAUACCAUCUCUGUGCAAAACACACUGCUGCAGUAUAAAUAUUUAAGUAUAAAUGUGUAAUGAAUUUAUUGAUAUGUUGCCCAUGCCAGCAGGCACUGUUUUGAACCGCAGCGUGGUGAACCAGUGUGGUGGGAUUGAAGUGGUGCUGAGGGAUUGUGGGAACGCAUGUUCCGAGUUAGGCUGCUGACCAAUCGGUGGGAUGGAAGCUGGAAGCCGCAUCAGAGAAAGAGCUACUGAUCAGUACCAGUCCUCAUAGCCAUCCAUCUCUCUCGUUUUGCUCUCUUUUUUCACUUUCUUGGUUUCUUUAUUUCUAUUUUUUAUAGCUUCUUUUUCACUGGAGUCAACUGGGACUCUUUCUGUUACUUUUUCCACCUUUCUGUUUCCUUGCUCCUUUUAUCUACAAGAUCAUACAAACACCUCUCUUACUUUUAGUGUUUCAGACUUUUUGGCUAAAAAACAGCAAUCCCUCUUUACCCAUGAUUUAGUCUAUUUUCUUUUAUCUCUGUUGCACAACAUUUAAUUAGCACUUGCACCAGAGCUUUCAAGAAUGUGUCUGAUUUAUGAAUGACAGUAUUUUUGGCAAAAAUUUGCUUAAAAUGUGAAAAAAGAUCCCACAGCUCCACCAACACUCGUGCAAAUAAACAGAUUUUCUGCAAAGUGAUCAACAAGUGAACCGCACUGUCAUUUAUUUAGCUCGUGUGACACUGAGUACAGCUGACAAGCUGAGCAAAGCACUGAGACAGCACAAGAUCAAUAUGUGAAUUUGAUGUAGAACUGAGGCAUCCAAAUAGUUGCAAUGUGUGCUUUCACACCAGACACUGCAGCUAUUGUAGUCUUGGUUUUAUUGGGAGUCGCCAGUAUCACUUCCUUUUGAUAAAAUCUCGAUUAACUCUGCUGUUUACUCAUAAAACUGUUCCACUGUCCCAGUUUCCUUCCUCAGUAGCAGUUGUUCCACUCUGCAAACUAUUACCCUCAUGGGAAACAGAAUAAGAUGAGGAUUUCAACAAAUACAUUUCUGAGCGGAUUAUGAACAAAAGAGUCAAACUUCCGAUAAUAUAGGUAAGAUGGCAAUUUAUUGAAUUAAACUAAUUAAGACAAGAAACAACAAAACUUUGAUGUUGCUCCUUUGGGGAACUCGAUUAAUGGCUUGAUUUCAAAUGUGUAGUCUCCCCCAAAUAACCUGUGUAUGGCAAUAGCUGUUGAAACAUGGCAUGUGGAUUUGUAAAUGCUCUGAAUCCACAAUUAGUCCAAAUGAAUGAGGGUUAGGGAUCAGUGAUACUACAAGUAAUACCCAUAGACUGCAUAUAGAUUUGACGCAGUCUGCCUCCUUGCUGGGUGAAGCCACCAUAAAAACAGCAUCCUCUGGUGACAGGCAGCAGUAUAGGUCAUAAAUCACGCCUCCUCCAGAAAUCCCUAUGGAGCUGUGGACAAACUUCAGAAAUCAAUUACACGGAAUAUAAAUUGGGCCUUUUCUGUUUAACAUUUACAUGAUCUGACUAUCAGAUUAUAGAAAACAACUAUAUCGCAAGUAGCUUUAGUUAGUAGUGUAGCGAGCUAAAAGUUCCUGACCAAGUCAGAAAUCUGGGUGUUGACAAAGAGUCAGCCCUUUCAAGAUUAUUAAAAGUCAGCCCUCUGUCACUUAUGAAAUAUAUAACAGCUUGAAGGACUUUUGUCUGGAGGAAGUGGAAAAACAUAUACAUUUAUCUUUAGUUGACUUGGUUACACUCACAGUGUCUUUAAAGGUUUUCCAGUAAACUAGCAGACAACUGUAGCUGAUUCACAUGCUACUCGAGUCUUCAUUAAGACCAAGAAAGCAGAUCACAUCACUGUAGUUCUGAGGUCUACACACUGACUCCCUCUCUGCCAGAGAACAGAUUUUGAGAUACUUCUGCUGGUCUAUGAAGCAUUUAAUGGUUUAGGACAAAAAUACUUUAAGUGAUUGAUCUUUUCAUGUAGAAUAAACCAUCCAGACCACUCAUGGCAUCAGGGACAGAUCUGCUUUCUGUCCCAAGAGUCAGAUCCAAACACGAUAAAACAGGAUUGAGUUUUUAUACUCCAAAUAUCUAGAACAAACUCCCAGAAAUGUCAGGCCUGCUGAAACACUAUUUUCUCAAAUCAAGGUUUAAGACUGUCCCAUUUAUGGCCUCAUUUCAUCAAACGAUUUUGAACAAAUUAUUUGUAUCCUUGUUUUAGUCAUAUAGAUCUGCCUUUUACCUUUUAUUACAUUUUAAAACUGUUAUAGUACAUUUAAAAGCUUAUUUUUUAGCUGUUUUUAUCUUGAAUCAUCUUAGAUUUGCCUUUUGAGUUCCCUUGUUUUUGAAAUUUCUCUAUAUUUAAACUUGCUAUGUUACCAUGUUGAUCAAUGAUGGGGGCAGCAGCUAACUGAUCUUCAUGUUUGGGUUGCAUCACUAAAACUCAAAUUAAAAAAUUGAAAACAGUUUUGAUGUAAAACAAGCAACACACCUGAGAUAACCUGUGGUGAUUAUGGUUAAGCACCAGCUAAACAAAAAUGGUCUUCGUCUAAUAACUUUAAACGUUUAAAUUUUGCUGCGUGUGAUCAGGGGGUCAAACAGCAAUUUGUACUCUCCACCCUGGAAGGAUUAGUAUUUAGUUCAGCCUCUUAACCCCACAAAAAGUCCUGAUGGGAGCUCUAAAAGAUGGGUAUUGCUCAAACUGUCUCAAACUGUUAAUACUAAGGUCAUUUCAGACAAAGUGGUUGGGCAUAAUUCUGGGUGAAAUGUGAAGGCCUUGCAGCAUCAGGCAGGACCUAUUAAACCCUUGACAUAAGAAGGAUCUAGUCCUUACUCAAAAUAAGGCUGAUCACCCAGUUGCUUUCCCUCUUUAUUUUCUGUACCAAUUCAGUGCUUAAACUUGAGUAGAAAAGUUCUUAUUCAGCCCUAUACUCAUGUGGAAAUUGGAUUCAUUUGUUGUUAAAUGCUUUGCUUAGACUGUAAAAUGCAGCAUUCUGAUUCCUUCAGCAUCCUGCUCAUAAUUGUGGUUUUUUGCUUCACAUUUCACCUCCUCAUUACCCCCCACCACACACACACACAAACACACACACUCAACCAGUUCCUCCUGUCAUUUCUCUUACCUCCCCUGACCUCCUCUCUCCUCUUCUGUGGACUUCCUCAUUUCUUAUCAUCCCCGCUCCCCGCUGUCGCCCCUCCCUCUGUUCUGUCAAAGCCACAUCCUCCUGUCAUUUAUCCAGCUCCUCUUAUGAGAGGUUACCGCUGCUUUUAUUAGAUUCAGGUUAGUGUGUCUAUCUGUGUGUGCACGUGGGUGUGUUUGUGUGUAAGAAGAACUUGACUCAACACUGUUUUUAUAUCCCAGCAUCUCUUUAUUUGCCCGUUUCUGUGUUUACCUUUGAGCACCAGUGUAAUCAUCUUGUCACAACCUCUUUAUAUCCUCUCCUCUGCCUCACUUGUGCUUCUCCCCUCGACUUAUUUGCUGUAACGUGUUUUAUUUCUCCUCAUUUUGCUGAAUUUACCUGUUUGUCUCCCUCGGCUCCCUUUUCUGUUUUGACUCUUGUUUGCGUCUUUCCAAUUUUCUCCAUCUUUCAUUCCUUCCUCUCUCUCUCUCUCCCUCCACCCCUUUGCUUUCUCUCCCUCUUUCUGCCCAAAGUUCUGCAGCCCAGCUGGCAUGGUUUUCUAGUGGUGUAGUAAAAUAUAAAUAUAAUAAGGACGUUUUUGAGCUGGUGAAUCCAUUCUGAGCAGAGAAACAUCACCACAGAGCCCACAGAUGUGGCACACACUCAGGAGAGAGAGAGAGAGAGAAAAAGAGGGGUGGAGAGAGGGAGGAGAAGAAAUCCCUCAAUUGACUUGAAGAGAGUGCAGCAGGAGCAUUGGCUGCAUUAUUGUUGGCAGUAUGCUGCUACUAGACGUGUUAUUAGGACACUUUGCUCAAAUUUGACCUGUCCUUGUCGACAAUUUUCAAGCAACUCUCAAACAUGGGUGGAAGAAAAGUCUCUUAAAGGGACCUGAACACUUAAAAUGAUUCUAAUGGAGUUAUAAAACCCAUGCACAGUUACUGUUUUAAAGCUAAUUUUCUGAAUGCAGUUGUAUUUAAAUGUCAUUUAAGUGCCAUUACACGCUCAUGGAGUCAAAGUUUUGUCAUAGUGAAGUGGCCCAUGUAGUUCAUUAUGACCAUAUUUGGAAACCUUUUAAAUCGACGUGUCACAUUCGCUCAAUUAAAGCUCAUGUGAUAUUUUAGGGUUCCUUUAAUGUCAUGCUGCCAAAAUGAAAGCUCUCUGCGUAACUUAACACUGAUAUUGUGUGGAUUUGAGGACCUAUAUGGCUUCAGUCACAUACCUGCUUGCUUGUGUUUUCUUCUUUGUGCUUCCCUCGCCCUGCGCGUGGUGUUUUAGUGUCAGAGCACAGCCUACUCCAGUCCCCUGGGCAGCUCUUUGUUUGCUUUAGCCAUGCGGUGGCUAGCCUAGCCGCUAACUCCAGGACACAUUUAGCCCAUGCUCCACUUUUAUAUCAUCCUGCUUUUAUUUUCCUUCUGUCUGAACAAACACUCUGCUCUGGAUUGGCCUUUAGCUAGACAAGAAUUGAUUCAGCUCUCAAACUUUGAUAGAUUUUGGUUAUUGUGUUUUUUUGACUGGCUGCUAUGUUAGCCCCCAGCUUAGCGAAUGAGAACAGAGUGAAGGCUCGAGGUAAAAGGGGCACAUUCUGUAUGUUUUAUCUUCUUGUCUUGGAAAGUUAAAGCUCUCUAAGUUUAGACAGAACCAAUCUGAUGCUUAGAAAUGGGGUAUAAAGACCUGGCGUUAGGUAUUUAUUGUGGUUUGGGGUUGGAUGCUGAAGUGUGUGGAGGGACAGAAGGAGGAGGAGGAGAAGGAGGAAGAGGGAUGGCGGUUUUUGCCACCAGCUGUUGUUACCUUGAGCAUAGCGGCCUUUAACCCCCAUUACAGAGAAUCACCACAAGCCACAAACACGCUAGCUUCCACUGAAUGCAAAACAACUAAAACUCGCUUGUUUACCAGCUAAUGUGCUAUGUACUCACUCACUCUUACUCAUUCAGCCCCCACCCUUUCUCUUUCUUUUAUCAUCUCCUCCUUUCACAUCUUGCUCCCUCAUUUCCCGAUAUGUUCUCAGCAGUUUUUCUUUGUACCACUUUCUCACCCUCUCUCAUUAUCUCUCUGUCUUUCUGUAUCAUCCUUUUUCUUCCCAUAUUUUUUCUAUUCAUCUCCUUCUUUGCAUUUCCUUUCAUCUGUUUGCCCCACUCAGAGCCUUUGUUGGUUAGGACCCGGGGUAUGCGUGGGUAACCCUGGUGCCCAUGUAAAAGCCCAGUGCUGUGGACUCAUAGAGCCCCAGUGCCAGUAGAUGAAAGCAAAGAGAGACUCUGGGGCUGGCACCCAUCUCCCUCUGUCCUGCCACCGUGGCCUCUUAUUUUACAGAGAAAAUUAAUAACUUUAACAAACAUCAAUGAGCCGGGGCCUGAUGCUUGGUUGGCGUGUCGGCUAGUCUGGUGUGUGUGAAUCUGUGCUGUGCACACAUGGCUGGAUGUGUGUAUUUUUGCUUGUGUGUUUGUCGGCCUGCAUGUGUUUUAAAGCUCAUACCUUACACUAUGUGAAAUAAGUUCACACAAAAAAAAACUGUAAGAGGGGAAAGUGACAAGUUGAUGAAAAGUAAUAGAGAUAGUUUUUUGUAUUAUGGUGUUGGGGCUUCACUCUGGUUUGGCUGGAUCAGAUUGCUGUUUUCUUGAAGGGCCGUGGUGUCCUUUCUUGAGGCGUGGAUGAACUGAAAGAUGGAUGGAUGAAGGGAGGGAGGGAUCAAUGGAUGGAUGGAUGGGCGAAUGUGACCACUUCUGAGGCAUUGUCGACAGCCGGGCUGAAUAGGCAGCAGGCCUGCCAGCAGCCACUCCCGUAUUUAUGAUCUUCAAAAGAAAGAUGACACACACAUACACACUCACGCACAACCACAAAAUAUUGAUAGUUACGGUAAAACACAUGCUCGUGCAACUGUGGGUAAACAACGAUUUGCAUAAAGAUUUCUGCUUGCUCACUGGCACACAUUAACCUUUGUGCACAUUUGUUGGCACACAUAAGGAGGUAGGCCAAGGAACCAGCUCUGCAGUUUGCACAAACCUUUUACUUACUCACUGAUAAGUAUUAACAUUUCUGUGCUAGAUAAGGGCGCCAAGUAAGGGCUCGGUGUAAAAUGUAAGGGCCAAACCCGAGGCAUGCGCAGAAGGGUUUAUGACCUAUGUUGCAGCCAAGUGGCAGCCUCUGGUCCUGAGAAAUGCAGCUGAUGCUGAAGUGCUUAAAACUGCAGUUCCCUGAGUGUCCACUUGAGGCUGGCUGCAGAAGGAAAUCACACGCACACUAACCCAAUAAUGACUGUUUUUAGAGCACAAAUAAAGGACAUUCACAGUAUGGUUCAAACUGUGCUAUUGGUCUGAAUAACAUAGGUAAUGUUAUUCAAGUCGAUAACAAGUCGAUAAUGGACUGGUUGAGGUCUCGCUACAAACAAGCGGCUGCUGGAAGAGAGUAGAUGAGUUGUGUUUCGUCUCUUUGCUAAAGAAAUAAGGCAAAGCUAAAGCACUGUUUUGUUGGCCAGUACUAUGUCUGGGACCCUAUAUGUACUGUUGAUGAAGUGAGGUGCUGUUCUGAGCAUUAUUUGUGGCUAUAGAGUGGCUUUUUGGUUGAGGUUUGUGUAUGGCUCCUCAGACCGCUGUGUAUUGCUAUUGUGCGGUCAUCACUAAAGUUGGUAUAACUAGGCAACAUUCAUCUCUCGAGGGGGUGUCUAACUUAGUGUUACAGUGUGUUUGACCCUCACUUAAUUUUACGCCAGAAUAUCCCUUUAACUGACAGGUGGGCACACUGCAGCUAUUUUUGCUUCUUGUAGGUUGAGUUAGCAUUACCACUAUUGCAACUGCUGUUGAUAGACUCCAAAACUCACAGUCUGUGAACACCCACAGUGCCCAUCUUAAGUGAGGACUACACAUCAGCUGUUUAGGGUUUAAAAACAUUAUCUGUAGGAAGGCAGGGGUAGCCAAAGGUUUCACCACUAACUCUGCGGAAAGAAGGAGUGAUUUCAUAUUAUGAUGGAUCUUUUAAAAUCUUUUUAGUCUUUUUCUUGAAGAUUGUGAUAAGAAAUUUAGGUAGUCUCAUUUCUGUGUGAUUUAAUGCUAGCGCCAACAAGGAGUUAGCUUGGUUUAGCCCCAAAGACACAGCAUGGGAAAAAUUAAACUCCUUUUGAAAGUAGCAAAACUGAAGUACUGACACUCCAUGACUCUUUAACUGAUAUUUUAAUGCAAGAUGGAAAGACCAUUUAUUUUCAAAUUUUCAUUUCCUCUUACAUACAUUUGUCCAACUAUUUUUUGACCAGGGACAGUGACUUUCUGGGGUUCAAAUCUUGCUCAAAGUUUGGAAGAAACUCAUUUUGCCAGUUUUUCCCUGCACAAAAAAACAACAUUGGGCAUGUCCAGACAUGUGAGAUCAAUUCAGUAUAGAUGUCUGUAUGAGGGGUGUACUGACAAAGAAAGGCCCAGAGGACCACAACAAAAACUAUUAUAAGCAAUAUUUUCAUGGAUAAUGAAGCCUAAAAAGAUUAAAUUGACUAAAUUAUAAAAUGCUCUUAUUAAAAUUAUGGCACUUGUCGUGUUGGGGUCGCUGUUGACCAGGUUUGAUCAAUAUCUAAUAAUUAGAGCAAAAACUGAAAUCAUAAGUGCACCGUCAGUCACCACACUGACAGUCAGAUCCUCUUCCAAUCAUCCUGGGUGCGUAGUAAAAGCUAACACAGGAGGAAGGUUAAAUGUGUUCAGGAUCAGCUUCUAAGCUUGUUAGCUCACAACAGAAGAAGGUCAGCUGUCUUCCUUCAUACUUAGCUGAAUCAUUAUGCUGAACUGAAACAAGCUAGACUUAAUUAAACCAAGUAUGCUAACUGUGUCUGAAAACUCACUGGACAGAUAUAUGAGAGCGUUUACCCCUUCAGUCUGAUUUUCAUCAAUAGAGAUCAGUUUUAGUAGUCUCACUAACUGCUCUGUGAGGCAACUUGUCACUAAAAGAGCCUUAAAAGAAACCAAUGAUCAUGCCCUCCACACCGGAGAGAGAAAUUUUCCUUGUACCAUGAGGUGAUGAUUCUUCAUCCGAGUAAAAAGACAGAUAGAAAUUAACAUUGGUGGCUCUAUAUGAUUCAGAUUUCUUUUAACCAGUUUGUACAGUCCAUACUGGGAAAGUCCUAAUGAAUUUACACUAGCGUCAGUUGACAGUCUAUUUCAGCUUAAAGGUAAACACAGCUAUAGAUGGCUGUUUACUGUGAGUGAAUCCCUCUCUUUGCUUUCCUCUGUCCCAUCAAGGCACAUGAAAAGCGGCGGUGCAGCAAAAAAUACUUUACAGUGUUUACCUUCACAAAUAAUAAAACAUAAAUUGUGGAAACCCUCAGCCGUGUACAGUCCUGCUCAUUCAAAGGAGGCUGCCCUGAGAAACAGGGGUGAGACCACUGAUUUUCAGCAGGCAAAUAUUUGAAGAGCUAAUUUGGUGGGGUCAGGUUUGCUGGUGUUGAACAGUGUGUGUGUGUGUAUGCGUGUGUGUGGGUCAGCCACAGGCAGCCACGGAGCCAGACAGCCAAAAGUUAUUAAAUUAAAGAUGUCCAUUUUAGGAAGCUUGUGAAACGAUGACAUUCAUUUUGAUUCUAUGGCGCUGUGAUCAAAGUCAUUAACAGGUUUAGAUAGUGAGUCAAAUAAUCAGUUUGCUUGUCAAUCAAUCAGUCAGUGAGCCCUCCUGCCAAAAGUCCAGGCAGUCUGUCUCACAGCUAGUAAAUUACUCCAUUACUGAGUCAGUCAACCAAACACUAUCAAGCAAAUCAGCCAAUGACCCUUGAACUUAUUUGAUAUUGGAAUGCAGCCGAGAAAAAAAAAAAAAACACCAUUGGCUACCUACUCUGGAAAACAGAUUGGUUUAAUUGAUUGUGAUUGCUUUGUUGUUUACAAGCUAAAACACAAAAACAAGGUUUUCAAGGGCACAGAGAGUGAGUCAAAGACAGCAGCUGGACACGAGAGGUGGCAGUAGUACAGGACAAAGCUACUGUUUACUAUGCUGUGUUCGAGUGUGGACAGGGCUUUCCAGUGCGCCCUGCAUGUGCCCAGGAGGGGCGGGGUGGGUGGCAGAGCAGGGACAGCGGGAGAGAAGGGAGAGGAAAGAGGAGGAAGGCAGGACUGGCAGGGUGCGGUCUGAAGUGGCAACAGAUCGUUUUGGAUCACUCAAAUCCCUCCAAUUCAACUGGAAAGCUGCAGCUUGUUGCGCGCCGGCCGCAUCUGGAGAGGAAGAGCUUUCAAACCAAGCAGCAGGGCUGGAGAUGUUGUGACAGUUCCCAGCGCAAAAAGAAAGAGAGGGAGAGAAACCACAACACUGCAACUUGGAUAUCAGUAACCACUCUCUCUCUCUUUAACUCUCUCACCCACCAAAUCGACUUUGAACCUGUUUGUUUAAAUACACGGACUUUACAGCCUGCACACUUACUGUUGAUUCUGUCGGGCGGUGGGAGCGAAGUUUCUUAAUUCGGUUCAGUUUUGUUUGGAGCUGCUGGGAACCUUUUGGUGUCCUCAUGGUGCCGGGUGCAGCCAAGGUGCUGAGCUUCUUAGAUCAGAACUUUUCGGACGUGAUACCGCGACUGUCACGGACGAUGGAGGCGGGAGCAGAACCGGAGAGGUACUGAAGACAUCUCUCUCUCCCCCGGGAGAGUCCUGCCUCCCCCUGGGGCGAUGCGGAUCUCCUUCCUCCUGCUCACCGCCUCUCUGUGUGCCUUGGUCCUCCUCCUCGCACCUGCCUCGGAGGGCUGCGGACCGGGGAGGGGGUACGGCAAGAGGCGGCUCCCGAAGAAGCUCAUCCCGCUUGCCUACAAGCAGUUCAGUCCCAACGUGGCCGAGAAGACCCUUGGAGCCAGCGGGAGACCCGAGGGCAAAAUUACGCGCAACUCCGAGCGCUUUAAAGAGUUGACGCCAAAUUACAACACAGAUAUUAUCUUCAAAGAUGAGGAGGACACGGGCGCAGAUAGGCUUAUGACCCAGGUAAGAAGGUCAGAGAAGUGAACGGGGAGUUCGUGGAUUAAAAACAUCACGCACAGAUGCGCAAAGGUGGACUAUCGAUCCCGUGAAAAGAAACAAAGUGCCCUCUUUCUGGAGUUUUUAAAUGGCAAACUGACAUUUUCUCUAGCGUGUCGUGAGAUGACUGCAGCAGACCACUCUCAAAACUCUGAAUGGACUGCUUCACUUCAGGCAGAUCAGCCACCCUGUUGCAUCUCUUUGACUGUUACAUAUUUGCCGUCAGUUAAAUGUUUAAACCAAAAUGAUUGAUUUCAUACUCGAAGCCCUUCGUUUCAUUCCCGGAUUUUACCUCUAAAAAUCUGUUACUGUUGUUCCUUUUGAAUACAUAUUUUACUCCAAUUCUAGACCUCAUUUUAAUAGAAAAUCACACUGUCUUUGUAAAUCACACUUGGACAUGUGGAAUUAACACCUCUAACUUUCAUAUUUCAUAUAAAAUGAUGAUGAUUUUUAUACUGGUUUCAAGUCAUAAUCUGAAAUUUUAGCACCGAUUCCUGUGCGUUUCUAUACGAUAUCCCUCGGGCUGUAAAAACAACUACAGUAGCUGCUUUACGCACAUGCGUGCCAACCUCCCGUUUUACUUAUUUCAAAGAAGAUCCUUUAAUCUCGCACGAAUUAUUGAGAACUGUAGUCCAGUGCUACCUGAUCAAAUUCUUGUAAAUAAAUACCCUCAGCUGAGAGGAAACUUGACCUCAAACUUUAUGUAAGUGUCUGGAAAUUUGCUGAAUCAUCCCAAGCAGGCUAGUUGUACUUUGACCAUUCACCUGACAGAAUCCACCUGACACAAAUGCAAUACAGUAAAAAUCUGCCUUUGUUACCAUGUGUUACUGUGGAGGUGCUCUCAUCAUAUUUGGUCAGACCGGAUGGAAACCUUGUUUAUUGUUUAUUCAUUCAUUUGUCCCUCUUGUUGUCCUUCUGUCUCACCUUCUUUGUCUCUGACUGUGAUUUGUCACAGUCACUUUGUUCCCAUCAUACAUGCUGAAAGCUCACAAUGUUAGUGUUCCUCUAAAGACGAGUAACUCUUGCUCACAUUGGUGCACCCAAAUUCAUCAAACCCAGCUCUUCUUUUUUGUCCCAUCUAUCUUCCUCUUCCUCCUCCUCCUCUCAGUACUUUUCUUCUUGCUUGUGUUGUUUUAUCUCUAACAGCCGACCUCUCUUUUACCCAUUUUAGCGUUGUAAGGACAAGUUAAACUCACUGGCCAUCUCUGUGAUGAACAUGUGGCCGGGUGUGAAGCUGAGAGUGACAGAGGGCUGGGAUGAGGACGGUCACCAUUCAGAGGAUUCUCUGCACUAUGAAGGACGUGCUGUGGACAUCACCACCUCUGACAGGUUGGCAAACCACAGGGAACAUGCUGUGGAUUGAAUGAGAUUGAUUACAUUUAAAAACUGAUAAUCAAACUGUUAAGUUAACAAGUUUGUCAGCUUAUCAGCAGCAUGAUGAGUCAGCCAGAGCCUCCAUGAACUUUCAGUUUAUUUGCUGAGUUUAAAUUUGAUGUAAAAACCUACACAUUUAUGUUUGAGCCAGAAGUCAAAUAGAUCCUGAAAUGACAACAUUUUAAAUGAAUUACAUCAUCAUGAUGAAUGUAUGGAUGUCAGCUGGUAUAUUCAGAGUCUGGUGCAGUGUGUGCCAAAAUCUAAUCAAACUUCAUCUGGACUUAGUAAAAUCUGUUUAUACUCUCCGUAGGGACAGAAAUAAGUACGCCAUGUUGGCUCGGCUGGCUGUGGAAGCUGGAUUUGACUGGGUCUACUAUGAGUCCAAAGCCCAUAUUCACUGUAGUGUCAAAUCAGGUAAGGGACGGACAUGAAACCACAGUUUGUGUGUGCGCGUGUUUGUGUGUGUGUGAGUGUGCGUGUUGACUCUAUAUGUGUUUGUGGACAGCUGUCAUUACCACUAAUGAGGUCGAUACCAGAUCCUUUGUUGGCAAUUCACUAUUGGUUAAACUCAACCUCAGUCGGGUGUCUGUCUGUGUGUUUGUGUGCGUGGCCUACUGGGAGCCAAUCAAAGCAGGGUGUGCACCUGGGCUCUGCAAUAUUUGCUCUUAUAUCUCAGCACAUUAAUAUAAUAAAUAUGGAAUGUUUGGCUGUUUAAUGUAGAAAAAGAGCUUGUGUACAUUUUUUUAAUUUUAGACCUGAAAAUUCCUGUGGUUUUCCUUUUUGAAUUUGAUAUUAAAUCUGUGAUGAGUUUUUGGCUGGUAGUGUAACAAGCUGAAAUCAAUAUUGAGGUUUCUGUACAGCCAGCAUCACAAGCAUCAUCAUUAAGAUAGAUUUUUUUCUUAAUAGUUAGAUUAAAUGCCUGUCACCCCUGCUGCAGGGCAAAUGUCAGACAAGGUGGUGAACACUGCCAAAACAGACACCCCAAAGAAUCACCUCAAGUUUCAUUAAAGACUUUUUAAAUGAAGGAGGAUAAGAUUUGUGUUUAUUAGCAAACUCUAGUUUUGCGCUUUAAAGUGAGAUCAGCUGAGACUUACACUUUUUAUACCUGGGCUGCCAAAAGCAACACACCUUCUCUGCAGGAGCUUUCAGUCACACAGAAAAUUAAAAAAAAAAAAAAAAAAGCUUCAUAGAGUUCAAAUGUAAAUGAUCCACCAAGUGAUAUACCGAGAUAUUUCCACUCUGUGGCUGUUUGAAGUCACAGUGUGCCAAACAGUGUGAGAGGUGUGGUCUGUUUGAAAUAAUAUCUGCUGCUCUGGAAAAAGCAUUUUAUGGCUGGUAUAAAAUACGAUGACUGAUAAGUGCUUUCUGAUGAGUAUUAUAAGAGGGUUUUAGGUUAUCAACAACUAUGAGGCAAAACAAAACAGAAGAGUGUCUGAAUACUUCAGGUUUGUAUAAAAAGGGACUUUGAUUAGCUUGAGGAUAUUAAAACAACAUCUACUACAUUUAUAAAACCUCAUUUCUGGAAAGGAAAAAAAAAGUGCAAGAAUAUCCAAAUAUAUAAAAAAAAUGUCCUGUAUGUUUAAAGUGACAGCUGACUGUCCUUUCUGCAACCCUGUGGGAGUUGAUUUCCCUUUCUCCUUGUUAAUAUUAACUCACAUCAUAAUCCAACACAAACUCUAUGAAACACAAAUCAAAUGGAGCUCAAAUUUCAACAAUACUUGGCAGCUUUUCAUCGCUUCAAAUAUUUUAAAAAUCCAUUUUCCUCUGUCUGGUACCACCAGCUAUUUGAUGCCAAACUACAUUCUAGCCCUGCACUGAGGUUAGUAGGCUGUAAGAUGAUUAACUCUCUCUUUGUUUUGCUGUUGCUUUUCCUUCAGUAGGUUUCUCUCAGAUCUCUUAUCUCAGUCUUAUCACCUCUCAGUCACAGCCCUCCUUUUUCUGCAGCCCUCAGGCUCACAGACACACAUACCUUGGGCAAAUAUUUGGCUGCCUUAAGACUGCUCUAAGAAGACCAUCCCAAGAAUAGACACAUACAUUUGUACGGGUGCUUUUCUGAUUUUGUUCUAUCUUAAAUAUUCCCAGCUAGUAUUCUCUUCAACUCUAUUUUUUCUGCCAGUUUACCGGCUUUUGUCAGUCUCAUAGAAAUGUGCGAGUGCUCUGUCUUUGUGGAACAGCUGAGAGUGAGGCAUGUGACUUCAUUUAAAACACAGUCCAAACAAAAUCCAGACCCAGGUCUGAGUCUGUGUGCUUUUCUCUCUCUCUGACCCCGAGCCGUGCUCUGACUGCAGUGAUACAAUCAGCUGGUUAUCCAUUAGCUCUUACUGACUGCCUUUUCCUGCCACCUUGUCUCACUAUGUCUUAGAGGAACAACUUAUAUAUAGAAACAAGAUGAAAUGUAAAUCACGUGGUGUUUUGGCAACAAAAAUGAAUGUCUACUGACAAAAAACACACAAAAAAACAUUUCUUUAAUUCACAUAAAACGGUAUUACUUCCAAAAAGACAGAAGACCAGCAAGACAGAUAUAAAAUCAGAUACUUGAAUGGGAGCUGGUCCUCUACAAAUUUGUUCACAUUACUUUUCACAUCAAGCCACAGCGUUUCAAAUUACAGGAUGCACAAAUCCCAUCAACAUGCUAUUUUUUUGUCACAUUAAGACUGCUGUUGUUUGUCAGGUGUGUUUGUCUGCGGCGCGAAUGAGGUCAAAGAAUAAAAAGUUUGGACAUGACUCAGAUUAUAUGCAUAUGUUAACAAUCUACCACUGAUCCACUGAGAUAAAGCUGUCCUUGAGUCAGUGUCAAAGUCUCUCAGGUUUAUUAGACCACUGAGUGAUCAUGCACCACUGUACAAGUCCAUGUGUGUCUGCUGUGUUGAGAAAAAAUAAAGGAAUGAGCUAAACUUCAUCAAAAACAAUAAUCCGUCUUUUUCUUUCUAGAACAUUCUGUAGCUGCCAAAACCGGCGGCUGUUUCCCUGGUGAUGCUCAGGUCACCAUCGAGGGCGGGGCUAAAAAACAGAUGCGUGACCUCCACCCUGGAGAUCGUGUCCUGGCCUCCUCAACCGCAGAUCCUCGGGGCCCUCUCACCUACAGCCCGGUCUUAACCUUUCUGGACCAUCAGCCAAACACCACAAAGAUCUUCUACAUUAUUGGCACCAGCUCAGGACUCCAUAUUACCCUCACAGCCGCUCACCUUAUCUUUGUCACAGACUGUAAAGGUGAGCUAAAUGAGGAAGAGACAGCUAAGGAGGCACUUUUAGGCUCUGUAGGGGAAGACAGGCCUAACUGGGAGGCAGAGCUGAGGACAGUUUUUGCCAGCGAAAUCCUGCCGGGACAGUGUGUACUCACCUCACAUGGGAAAGAGGGAGCGCAGGCUGAACUUUCAGUCGUCACAUCUGUAGAGGAACGGAGGAGCACAGGGCUGUACGCCCCUCUAACCCAGCACGGGUCCAUAGUUGUGAAUGGCGUGUUGGCAUCCUGCUAUGCUGCCAUGGACAAUCACCACUUGGCCCACUGGGUCCUGGCGCCACUGAGGUUCUUCUACAGCCUGAUGGGACCCUCAGAGCUGGAGACUGAUGGCCUACACUGGUACCCCUGGCUUCUGCAGAAGCUGGGGCAAAUACUGCUAGACGCUGGACACUUCCACCCCUGGGGGUUUGAGCAAGGACUCAUGUCUGAGCAACAGAGACAUGUCUCACUCUGAUGAAUUCUUUCACUUUUCUGUAUUCAAAGACCUAAAGCACAGACUGACUCUUAGGGUGGAAAAGUGUUUUCUUUUUUUCAAAAAUUUGCCUGUAUUUGCUGUAAAAAAAUCGAUUUUGUAAGGAGAAGGCUGAGAGGCUUGUUUUAUAGACACAGUGAGGUUUAGAUGAGUGAACAGACCAAGGUAAAGACAAAAAUUCCAGGGCAGGUCCAUAAGCUCUUGAUGAACUUGAGUACCAACAGAAAAUACUUCUUUCUGUAUCAAGAACUGAACCCUGUUUCAACAAGAUCCCAUUGGAAAAUGACCAAAAAAAUAGGCAUGUGACAUGAAAGACAAGACAAAACAAGCGAGUCAGUGUUGUUCAGAGCUUUAUAUGUGCAUUAAGUAUUUAGAUAGCUGCUGUUCACAGUCAGUCAUCACUGCAGUCAUUUGGUUGUUUUUAUGCUGUAUAUUCACUGACAAAACAACAAAAAUUAAGGGAUAAAAUCAUCACUAUUAACUCAGUGCAAACUAGCAUUUUGCUAGUGUUGCAUUGUAAAUUUUUGGGGCUCUUCAGAAAAGCUAAUGAAGAGCAGGGAGCGAUGAUGGACAUGGUCAGGUGGUACACACUUGAGAUUUACAGCAUUAGUGACGUGCUGACAAAGGGAAAGACUCACGGCCAAGCUGUCAGUGAACUUGAUGGUCUCAAACUGAUUAAUCGUUCAUUUAAACAUUAAUUUAAAAAGGUCUCAUUUUGUUUAAUGUUGUGUUAUUGUUUUAAGGUUUGUGAUUCAGGUCAGUUUCAUUGAGUAAAGCCAUACAACAACACUCAGGCUGUAUUUAACUACUGUAUUUAGUAACAGCUAUGCAUUAUAGUUGCCCUGUUUGCAGCAGCCAUGGUACUCUGAUAUCGCGCUCAGUUCAGGAAUCUAAAAUUCUUUUAUAAUGCUCAACAGAUUUUUAUAAGAUUUGAAGUAUAAAAUUUGUAGAUGCACUGAUUAGUUUCUCAGGUAGUACUUCGGAUUUGGCCGACACUUGCUGUUAUUAACUACAGACUCAUUAACUUUAUGUUGUUUCAUCAUCCAUUUUUCAUCAUCCAUGUUUUGUCAUUGCGAAUAUUUCAGAGUAUGAAAAUAUUUGCUGACUCACUGGGUGCUAAAAGUUAAGUCACAGCAGCUAACAUUAGCUUUUUGAAACUAUAAUGUUGAAUUAUUUCAUAGCAUACACUUAACUAUCAAAUGUUAACAGCCUGCCUUUAUUAGCUGCCUCAUAUAGUAGCUUUUCUAUCACAGGUGUGUUUUCACUGUUAUCUGAAUUGAUAUUUUUGUGAACAGACAUUCACAAACCUUACUUACAGCAGAACAGCAUUAUAACACAAUUUUCUCUUUCCGCUCUGAGCUCUUCAUCUGUGGUCGCUGGCUGCUGUGUGAAUAGGUUGAAAUAGUUUAUAGGUAGAAAAUCUUUGUCAUUACUAAGUUAUUUAAUAGUUUUCCUUUUGCAUGGUCUCUUUUUUAUAUUUCAUGUAUCAAGAAAGGCUGGGGUUGGAGUGGCAGAGACACAGAAAUGUUAGGUUUAAACAGUAAGCAGAUGUGAGAAAUGGCUCAUCAAGAACUGCUACACAUUGUCCAUGUUGAAGUUUAUUGCGCCCUUUUAAGUGUCACCUAUUGAGUGUAUUGGAACUCCAAGGCUUUACUCUAUAUGCUUACUAAAAGAUAUGUCACAUAUGUAUAUUGAGCUAUUGUUGGAGAGACUAUUUAAAGAUAUAUUUUUAGAAAAUAUUGUAAACUAAUAUUAUUUUCAGCAAUGUUUGCAUACAAUUUGUAUUUGAAACAUAAAGUUGUUUUUAAAGUAAACUUA